AUGCAAAGUGCUUAUAAUACUCAAGUUAUGGAGAAAAACGAUACAAGAUACGAUACAUUCGACUUCAACGUUCAGUUUAGAAAGAGAACGGGAAUUUUGAUCAGUGAAACAAAAUAUUUUCUAAAUAAAUCCAAAAGUAAAUGGAUCAGUGUUGGUUUUUCGUUGGAGAGAAAAUAUGAAGUCGUGAUUAAGUUGGGUGGAAUUAAAAAUAAUCAACACGUUAUAUUCAAUGAAGAUCAAUGGAUAUCUUUUUUAAACAAUCAAGGAAUCAUGCUAAGUUUUGUUUACUCUAACAAAACCGGAUGGCAACCCAUGCAUGGAAAUGGUUUUCAAAUCCACUUCGUCUAUAUGGGAGAUGCAAGAAUUAUCAAGAUAAGUCAAGACGGAGGCAAUGAAGUCUUUUUAGCAGGCGAAACCAUAAGUGAACUCUCGAACUUGGUGAAUUUAGUUAAAUAUCGCUAUGAUAUGUUAAAAUUUCAAGAAUUUUCAAAAUAUUACAAUAUUUUAGUAAGUGGUGUCUCAUCAAAAUCUGGAGAUCUGAUGAAUAAUCUGUAUGAAAUUAUUUCACCUUCAAAAAAUCCCAAUAGUGCAAAUAUUUGUUGUAUGUUGGAAUUAUUAAAUUUCUAUUCUGAUUGUAUUAUUGAGGAUGUAGAAUCUUUUGCUUGCAAUGAAUUUGUAAAUAGCUGUUUUGGAAAAUAA